AUGCUUGCAUUGCAUAAUCAAGUAAAAGUCUUUUUAGGAUGUAUAUCUGUGAUAUUUGGAUACCAUCUUAAUGUGGCCACAUUGUCUUGUUUGUUUGAUAAUGCAUGGCGGAAAGCCAAGUCAAAAGCUCCCCUUCCUCCACCUGAAAGUAAAGUUACUGAUUGCUCAUCUUUUGAUGAUCUAGAACUAGCUAACUGCACUAUGGACCAAAAAGAAAAUGUGAUUGACAGAGACAUUCAGCUGUCUGUGCUUCUUCCCGGAGAGGUGAUCAAGACUACUAAUGUUAACGGCAGCAAACCAAUGAUGGACUUAUUGGUAUACCUUUGUGCACAAUACCAUUUAAAUCCUGCAAGCCAUAUUAUUGAUCUGAUGUCAGCUGAGAAGAAACCAAUCAAAUUCAAACCUAAUACACCUAUUGGGAUGCUUGAAGUUGAGCAAGUGAUCUUAAAGCCAAAACAAAUGGAUAAGAAAAAGCCUAUUCCUAUCAUCCCUGAGCAAACUGUGAGAGUUGUGGUGAAUUACAAGAAGACACAGAAGACAAUUAUCCGAGUUAGUCCUCAUGCACCACUUCAAGAAAUUGUGCAUAUUAUCAGCAGCAAAUGUGAUUUUGAUCCUUUACACACUGUUUUGCUAAAGACCUAUCAAUCUCGAGAGACUCUUGACCUGACAAAGUCCCUUAAUGACCUUGGACUCAGAGAAUUAUAUGCAAUGGAUGUCAGCAGAGCCACGCCAACUACUGAACACAGCUUGUCUUCAUUACAAGACUCUUUUCAGAACGCCCAAAAUUCUGAGAAUUUGAAGGAGAAAGGAUUCUUUGGCAUUUUUCAACGAAGCAAAAAGAAACGACAACAGACGACCAGUGCUCCUGCGACACCACUCAUAAACAAGCCAAGGCCAGCCUUUUCUGUGAGAUCCAGCUCCGUUUCGAAACAGUAUGACUCAAACACUUUGCCCUCUGAGAUGCCCAAAAAGCGCCGAGCGCCUUUGCCUCCCAUGGCUCCUUCUCAAAGUGUGCCCCAGGAUCUUGCUCAAAGCCAGGACAAACCUAAGAUCUGUAUGCUGAAAUCCAGUAGUGUAGAUGAAACCAAUAAGGGACUCUCGGGAGUGGGAAUAGAGAGGUCAGGUUCUCUUCAUCUCAGUGGCACAUCCUCAGUUGAUUCUUCUUUAAGCCGCACAAAGCGCAAAGCACCUUCUCCACCUUCCAGGAAACUGCGAGGCCAAAGUGACCAUAGCAUUGACACAGGAUCAGAAUCUGCAGAAUCAAUUCAUACAGAAAGCAUUGACAAAGGAAAAUACUCAAAAGCGCAGUCUCUAACAGGCAAUGUAGUUGAUCUAACCAGGACCCCAGUGGCAGCAGGUACCUCAUGCAGCUUUGAUCCAACCAGUCAUGAUCAAAACAAUGUCCAGCAAGUCGCAGAUGAAAGUAGAGUUUUGGUUAACACUGAUACUCCAGAUGAAUCUGAAGUGUCGCUCAAAUCUGACAUGGGUUCUGAAUAUAGCCUAAAGGAAAUAGACGAGAAGGAAGAAACACGUGAUGACUCUCUCAGUGCUUCUGAGGUUCCACUAGAUGUUCAAAAACAUGAAACUGCUUCUGAUCCAAGUUUUGAUAUUGGAGACAAUGCACAAGAGUCUAAUGAAGAGAAAACAGAAAAUACGAGUGCACAAGAUAAAGCCCAAGAUAGUGAAAUAUUGAGUGAAAGAGUUAGCAUUCCCAAUGGUACAGCACAUGGUACAUUGCAGCCAAACACAAAUAAUGGUCAUAAAGAAGCAACAUAUCCUCUGCCUUCUAACAAACUCAGUAAGGAAGAAAAAAUAGGAAAAAGUAACAAGCCUGAGACACUGGAUGACACCUCUCUAAAUGGGGAGAUGUCUUUGAAUGUGCAUGAUCAAAAAUGUGAUCCGAUCAAUGUAGAUGUAAUAAAGACUCAGGAUGUUGCAAUUCAGACCAUAUCUGAAGAUAAUCGUGGUCAGACUGCGUUAAGUGAAAACGGCAAUCAUCAGAGUCGCACACUGAGCCCUCACAAAAAUUCAACUCAUGUACACAAGCCAGUACAGAAAUACCAUUCCUUGGGAGCCCUGAAUAUGAUGAGUAAGCCCAUAGGACAAGCAGACCAAAGCAGUGUGAAUCCUAAUGGCACCCAUGAUAAUGCAUUGGUAAAUGAGAACCAAGUUCUCCCAGAGACGAUCGUCAGAAGCCCAAUUAGUUCUCCUACAAAAACGUACCCACUUUACAGACAAGGUUCAAAGCCUAAGCCUAAGCCUUCCAAUGAAAUUACCAGAGACUACAUACCCAAAGUUGGAAUGACUACUUACAAAAUAGUACCUCCCAAAACCACGAAGAAUCGGGAAUUAGAUCCCGUGGAACACCAAGAAGCAGCGGUAUCUCCCAAGAAUGAAAAUUCCCAAGAAUUUGGUACACAAACAGAGACUGCUAAUAUCUCAAAAAGACCGUAUCAAACAGAACCUGAUUUUAAGAAUGAAUUUACAUUAUAUGAGGUAAGGAGGGAUUCACCGCCUAAAACAUACCCGGCUGCUGAUCAUAGGCCAGUUUCCUUCUCCAGUGCCCAAGGCCAGAAAAUGGAGGUAGAACAUCCCAGGCCUAAUCAAGACCACCCAAUUCCUCCUUUAAUUCUAAAUUCAGGAAAGAAAAGUUCUCCACCUGCGGUGCAAGAAAAACCAAAAAUGUUGAGUCCCCCAAUAAGGCCAAGCAAUUUUUAUUUACAGAUACAGAGGAGGACCACAGAUCAUUAUGUAACUUCUGCAAUUGCAAGAAGUGGUUCUCUAAGCAGCCCUAUUCAGAGUGAAGCUAAGACUAGGGAGACGGAGAAAAAAGUGGCAUCUCCAGAUCAACCUGGCCUUCCACUACCUAAACCAAUUACUGUUCCUUCUCAGUUACCUGAGGAAACUACUGAAAAUGGAUGUAAUGAAGGAGAGAGAAAAGCCACCACUUCUCUUAUUCCGAGUGAAGCUAAGACUAUGGAGACGGAGAAAAAAGUGGCAUCUCCAGAUCAACCUGGCUUUCCACUACCUAAACCAAUUACUGUUCCUUCUCGGUUACCUGAGGAAACUACUGAAAAUAGAUGUAAUGAAGAAGAGAGAAAGGUCACCACUUCUCCUAUUCAGAAUGAAGCUAAAACUAUGGAGACGGAGAAAAAAGUGGCAUCUCCAGAUAAACCUGGCUUUCCACUACCUAAACCAGUUACUGUUCCUUCUCGGUUACCUGAGGAAACUACUGAAAAUAGAUGUAAUGAAGAAGAGAGAAAAGCCACCACUUCUCCUAUUCAGGGUGAAGCUAAGACUAUGGAGACGGAGAAAAAAGUGGCAUCUCCAGAUAAACCUGGCUUUCCACUACCUAAACCAGUUACUGUUCCUUCUCGGUUACCUGAGGAAACUACUGAAAACAGAUGUAAUGAAGAAGAGAGAAAAGUCACUUCUCCUAUAAAAGUAUCUCAACCAUUGAUUUCUCGUUCAUCCCAGCCUUCUGCAUUACAAUUGAAAACUUUGAGGACUUUUGUUUUGCCACAACCAUAUUCUUCUCCUAAACCUUCACCUUUUGCUCUUGCUGUAUCAUCAGCAGUUAAAAGAUCACAGUCCUUCAGUAAAAAAUGCCCCAAUGCAACCAGACCAUUAAAAGAACAAUCUUCUCUUGACCUUAGCUCAUCAGCAUCCAACACCGAAGUAAAGGAUUAUUCACCUAUACCGAGUCCAACAACUCAGACACAGCAGAUCCUGACAGACAAGCAGAAGACUAACGAUGCAAGCUAUGAGCAAAACAGGCAGGCACCCCCUUUAUUCAACCAUCCAGCUACCGCUAUCUGUGAGAGAAGCCUUGCUGCAGCAGUCCAGCACCCUGACCCAGAACAGAUCCACCAGAGCUUGCUGGCUGCAAUCCGCUCUGGAGAGGCUGCUGCCAAAUUGAGGCGGGUUGCACCUCCAUCAAACACUAUUGCCAUCAAUGGAAGAUCCAGUCUCAGUUCUCCAGUGUCCAUUGAAACAAGAUACGGUAGUCAUUAAGACUUUGUACCAAAUAUUUUGCACUUUAAUCACAGCUGCAUAGAUCUACUGCAUAAAUCUACUUCACAGUUACCUGCAUAUUAUUGAAGACUUAUGUAUAGAUGCAGGAUUGUGUGGGUAUAUAUUGUCAAGAGUGAAGCACAGAAAUUUAAUGGAUGCCUCAAAAGAAUUCUUAAAAUAUAUAAUUUAUGGCUUUUUUUGACUUUUCUCUUUAAAACUAAAAAUGCUGCUUCAGAACAUAUUCCAUGGCGCAGAACAGUUGUAGAUUUUUUUUGCUGCUGUAAUAAUCAGAUAUGUUAAUUUCCACUUCAUCCAUAACAAAUGAUGUGUAGCAAUGUGCUGUAUAAUGCUAAGAUUCAUCUUAAUGUUUGUAACUGCUUAAUAAUUAUGUUCAGAAAUAUUUGAAUUUAAAUGUAGUUCUUCUCACCUGUUGCCUUGAAUGUUAAAUUUGAAAUUAAUUAUUGCACUUAGCUAAAUAUUAUCUAGAAACUCUGAUGGGCAGGUUUUCUGGUAAAAAAGCAAUGUAGAUGAUAUACAUCUAAAGAUAUACUUCUAACUCAGUUUAAUUGCUUAUUGUCCUUACUUAAAUUAGUAGAACCUAAAGGUGCUUAAUUUUGGCUGGAUCAUGCCUAUUUAGGUUGAUUGUUACUAUGUUUGCUUCUAGUAUCAAAGUGAAAAAUAAUAAAACAGAAAUCUCCUGGCACCUACUUGUUAACACUAUAUGUGAAUUUCCUUAUUUAAAACAUGUUUAGUCUCAAUGCUAGAGUGCUUAUGUCUGUGAUGUGUCGCAACAAUGCCACCAGUGAAAUCAGAUCUCUUUUUUUCAAAAGCAGCUGUAAACCCAUAUCCAAAUUAUAGAAAAUAGCAACCCGUGAAUACUUUUGGAGUGCACUCAUGCUGCUGAUGGGUGUCCCCAAAACCUUAGCUAAUAUGGCUAAUAAGGAUAAAUAGUAACAAUUGGGCAGUGUAGAAACAUCUGGAAAGUCACAGAUGUCCCAUCCUGCUCUAGGAUGGUACCAAAGAGCAGGUCCAUGAGGUCUGAACUGUAUAUCUCAAAAAUAGGCAUAUAAUUCAGCAUUCCUAUCCUCAUUCAGAGUCCUUUAUGGAUUUGAUUCACCAGUACUGAGCUUCAGUAACUUCUACCCACAUCUUUUUGUAAAUUUAGUAGCUAAGCAGAUGUUGGGAAAGGAUCUUUGGCAAAGACAGACUGAUAGGACAUAUAUUUGGAAAUAAAUUUGGAAUCUAUUUAAGAUGACAUGAAACAUUGACAAUCCAGCUCUGGGUUGGACUGAAGAUUCUGGAUAUUUGUUUGGCAUUGGAUAUAAAUUUUCAAGACAUUGAGCUGUGGAUCAGGUAUAGCUUGAGGAGAUCUCAAGCAAAAGUCGCAGUGGCCUAGAGCAGCCAUAAUGUAUUUGAAAAUAGAUAAGCUGUAGUUGAAUGCAGACUUUUGUGCAGUUUUUCUUCACUAUUCAUAAAAGCAAGCUAUUUUUAUGUUUGUUAAUUUUAAAAAUAUUUUUUGACAUUCAGGAAAUUCAGUAUAUGGUUAUAGGGGGAAAUGCGCUUCACUUUCUCUUAAGGAAAGAGGUAUUGGUGACAAUUUCUCCAGUUCAAAUUUGUUUUAGAAAUAUUGUCAGUCAACUACUUCUAUGAGUAUGUAUUUUUAACACUGUAGAAUUUAAGAAUCAACUAUGGAAAAGACAUAUUAUCUUGAGCAGAAAACCAAAUCCUCAGUAAUAGAUGUUUUGCUUUGUUGCUGUCCAUCUUUUUCUUCCUAUCUUGACUUAAACUAAUGUUGCAUUUCUAUGAUGUUGAAAAUUUGUUUGUGACCCUAGUUCUGAUCAAGCAAUAAAUUGUAGAUAUGCAUCGCAAA